GCUAUUGAACUUCAGACACAAGAUACUGCUAGAGCAAAAGAUGGCCGUGCAACGCAAGGAGUCAGAUGUGGUCAAAGCCCUGAGGAAUGUCUGCAAAGCCGAAGAUGUGCGCAAGGAGACUGAACUGAUGAUGAAGCCCUAUGCCAACUGGGAGGAGUAUCUGAUGCCUGGCCCCAUCUCCAUCGCCAUCCUAGGGGAGCUGGCAUGCAUCUCCGCAGGGCAGGGGGAUUUCUCCAUCAACAAGAACCCACCCACAGGGGGAUUCAAAUACAUCAAGUACCCAGACUCGUUCCUCACGUGCCUGAUGCAGGUGAGCAACAAAGGCUGGGAGGCCUUCAACAUUGCGCACAAGAACAUGGAUCAGAUCAGGCUCCUCUCCAUGAGUGUCCCGGAGCAAAUGAAGACCAUUGUCCAAAUUCUGUUCCAAGACACAGAGGUGGUGCAGGCAUUGCUUCCCGGGCAACUGACCAGCAUGAAAUCCAUUGCAGAUGAAUGUACCUCUUUAGCCCUGGCUGUCGAGAGCAAAUUCAGUGAUGUCAUCCGCCUGAUCCAAGAACUGCUGGAAGCCUGUUUGAGUUCCAAGAGCGGGUAUGAAAAAGAGCUGGAAGAAACUAGACGGACCUUGGAAGGCGUCAAGCUCAAACAAAAAGCGGCAGAAGCAGCCAAGAAAGAGGCAGAGGAAUACUACAAUAGUAUAAGGAAGAAAGUGGAUGAAACAUACCAAGAUUACAGAAAGGCAAUGGAUAGUAUUCCAGAGGGGUGGGAUGCUGUAGCUAUGAAUUUUGUUGCAAGUCUUGCAGAUAGCAUGACAACUGUGCCUCGUGCAGUUGCCAACCUUACCGCUGAUAUGUGUAAGUACCUUAUUGGGGAAAGCGAGCACAGUGGCGACGAGGCAAACGGUGGAGCUGAAGAUGACCCCAUAGCACUGUGUAACAUUUGCUCCCACUCUGUGCAACUGGCUUCUUUGGGAAAUGCUCUGAAUCAGCUUGUGGAUGAAGAAGGCAACAUUAACAUGGGCCUCCUUUACAAUGAGAAAGACCAGCAAGUCAAGUCCUCUUGGACAAAAGAAACUGCCGAGCAACUUCUGGAGAAGAUAAAUAAAGAAAAGGAAUGUAGCGUGAAAGGAAUGGCGGUAGAAAUAUGUACUUCUGUAAUUGGUGUUUGUCAGACACUGGCUGAAAUAGCGACUUCUGGAAAAAAAGAUGUAGAUAAGAAAAGCCUGAAGGAAAAAAUCAAACAUCUAUUGCAAAAGGUUGACCUCUUUGACAGCAAAAGCAAGUCACGCACAGGGGCACCACCCUUUGCCCCCAAGACACCCAAUAUGGCAAAGUACGAAGACAGUUGCCAAGGGAAAAUGGCAGGAUCAGUUGUGAUGACCAAUGCCCAUUUCAAAAUUGUGCAAAGUCAAGAAAUGCUGAAGAUCACAGAAGAAGAGUACCAGAGAAGUUUUGAAAACUUCAAGCAGCAGAAUGAAGAGUUGACAGAGAUACUCAUUACCAUGAGGGCAUGUGAAACAAAGGAGAUUGACUUUGAUACAGCCCGGAAGAUGCUGAUCAAAGGCUUGGAUGCCUUGGGGCGGGUGAAGGAACAGUGGGAGAAGAUGGUCCGUUUCUUCCAGAUGAUUUCCAGCCUCAUCGAGUCCUGCCUCAGCCGUCGGAUUGCAGAAUUUGUAACCACAGCUGGAAAUGUCUGUGGAAUUGCAAACUACUCCAGCAAUGACUUUGUUAAAGAUCUGAUUUAUAAGCAGGCCUUCAAUGCUUCCAACGUGGCUCAUUUAGUGCAUAUGAUCUCCGAGACCUACACAGAAGUAUCUUCAAACUACCUGAUGGACAAGGUGAGUAGCCUUGGCAGGCUUAUCUCCAUGGAGCCUUCUGAUCCCAAAUUCCAGGCUGAGCGCCUGAAGUUGGCAGCAGGGUGUGAUGAUGCUCGACAAGCCAUAGAGGAUCUGGUCAUUAAGAAAAAGAGAGAGUUUGAGAGCAACAUCCGGGGCAGAGUGGAGAAAAUCUCUUCUGAGCUGAUGGCUGCCUUGCCAGAAGUGACCAAAACAGAGCAAAAAGCAAUUGAAGAUACCGUACAGAAGGGCAUGAGAGACAUGAGCCUGCAGGAUGCCAACCAGUUUAUCUAGAAGUGCUUCUCAGCUCUAAGUACUCCUCUCCUUUGAGACAAGUUGUAGCAGUGCCUAAUUCAUUUCUUUCUCUAUUUUCAAAAUUCUAGAAGGACAAACAAGAUGGGAUCCUUAAAUGGAACUCUGGACAUUUCCAUAGUGGUACCAUACAAAAGGGAAUGAGAGACAUGAGCCUGCAGGAUGCCAGCCAGUUUAUCUAGAAGUAUAUCUCAACUACAGUGAAGUUCAGUGGUGGGGGAGAUGGCAGGCAUCCUGUUCUGUUUCCACAACAAAGAUUUUCCAUGUUCAGCAACCAGAUUGGUAUAUUCCCCCCUAUGUUUCUAUGUUGUCCUCUAUUUGCGCACGGACUGUCAACAGUCUGUUCUAUCAACAAAAAUGUGCUUUAUUUGAAAUCUGAGGGGAAAAGGGCAUUUCCUGGGCAGGACACUAUAGGCAGUAGCAUUGGGCCUCCAUGAAGAGCUAAUCAAUUACUUGUCAAUUACUCUUUUCAUUUGUUAUUGACCUCUAAAGGCCAGUCUCAGCAACAAUUAGCACAACGAAAGAGAAUCACCUGCCUUUUAGACAGAGGGGAGGGAAUUGUUGGAGGCUCUGCAAAUACAAAAUAGUAAACAGUCUAGUAGCACCUUUAAGACUAACCAACUUUAUUAUAGCAUAACCUUUCGAGAGCCACAGCUCUCUUUGUCAGUUGGUUAGUCUUAAAGGUGCUACUGGACU